CGCCCAUACCUGAGCCAGGCAUGGCCACGGGCUUCACGCCUGCGCAGCAGCCAGCCCUCGCUACAGGCGGGGAAACUGAGGCCCGGGGCGGCCGGGGCGGGGCCGACCCCCCUGCGAGUCGGAGCCCCCGCCCCCGGCCGGCCCCGCCCCGGCCCGUAAGAGCUCCCCCGGGCGCGAGGCGAAAGCGCACAGCUCGGCGCCGGGGCCGGGGUUAGGAACGCGAUGGCAGCUCAGCGGCUGGGCAAGCGGGUGCUGAGCAAGCUGCAGGGUUCAUCGCGGGCCCGGGGGCCGGGGGGCAGCCCUGGGGGGCUGCAGAAGCGACACGCGCGUGUCACCGUCAAGUAUGACCGGCGGGAGCUGCAGCAGCGGCUGGACGUGGAGAAGUGGAUCGACGGGCACUUGGAGGAGCUGUACCGCGGCAGGGAGGCAGACAUGCCCGAUGAGGUCAACAUCGAUGAAUUGUUGGAAUUAGAGAGCGAAGAGGAGAGAAGCCGGAAAAUCCAGGGACUCCUAAAGUCGUGCACAAAACCCACAGAGGACUUCGUCCAGGAGCUGCUGGUGAAGCUGCGAGGCCUCCACAAGCAGCCAGGUGCCCGCAAGCUCAGCCCCUCCGCUGACGGCAGCCUGAGCCCUUUUCAGGACCGAGCUCUGUGACGCCCUCCAUCUCCCCGCAAUGCCAUCCUGGCUUGUUUAUAAGUUGUAUUUAAUAGUUCUGUAACAAUAA